CGUGUGAUACUUGUGCACCACUGGACGCUUGUUAUUAGUGGUCGUAGUCACCGUGGACAACACGCUCCUACUCGGUGCAAUCAUCGGGCGUCCCGCGAGGAAGCUCGCCUUUCCACACCCAUCGAACCUGUUAACCCCCAUAUUCGCGUUGUUCGCACUUUGACCUCAAGUCACGCGGAUCUCUCACCUCACGUUCUUUGUACCUUUAUCGAGUCUCUGAUUCGUUUUCGCAAACCGGAUUUCGCCGCAUCGCCAGAGCAACUCUACAGCGAUCCAAAUCUCCGAAUGCAAGUCCCAACUAACGCCAGCUCUGAUCCAAGGACCGUGCUAAUGCAGACGCCUAGGAACGCUUCCGCACUUCAACUUCUUGCUUCCGAGCUAAUCAAAAGGUACUCGCUCAUUCGCAGGCAAAGAUGCUGUGGAACCGCUCGUGAGGAUGACAUCUCAAAUUUCAUUGUCUACUUAACUACUAAUAAGCAUGCCAUAUAUGUUUGGAGCAAAGGUCCUUAG